AUGCGACUAUAUACCAAACACAUCUCUUAUUAUGAUAUUAAACCAAUUCAAAUAAAAUGUAAAUCCCAAUUCAAACCUAUCCCACACAAAGCAGUGUUAUCACCGGAUGCGACACGGACAUUGGACGGGACAAAAUUGGGGCGUCCGAGUCCAUGUCCCAUAGAGCUUAUCAUUUCUAGCAACCCCAAUAGUUUUGCGUUAAAAUUAUAUGGAGGAAUCGCCUUCCCACUAGGAUUAUUAUUGUAUUUCACUUUAUGUUACUAUGGAAUUUCUUACUCGAAAAAAAAUGAUGUCAAAAUUAAUGCUGCCGGAACUACGUCAGGCAUUGAAUUAGGUGACCUUGGUGAUAGUGGAGGAUGUGGUGGAUGUGGAGGAGGAUGUGGAGGUGAUUAG